GAGUUGACUAGAACAUGUGGUUAGACAUGGCUGCGCCCUGCUGGCGUUGAGGACUGUGAGCGGUGAACAGAGGAUAAAAGUAAUAUAGCGUUAUUUACAGGCUCGUUGGUAGGUAUACGCAAUAGUACGAAAAUGUAUAAAUUGUGUUGAACGUUUGCGAAGAACACAUUUUAAAAAGGACAGCGAAAUGACUAUCGUUCAGCAAUAGGUAGCCACAGAUGUAACAACAAACCAGCGAUCUCUAAGGUAUAUUACUUAUCAUGACAGACGUGGCGAUGUCUGCAAACGACACGGCCCAAGGCCAGAAAUUAUCCAGGGCUAUGAUUAUAGAAAUGUUGACUAGAAAGUUUGAACGUCUACCUGAUAUCGACAGAAAGCUGUUUUCAUACGGCCCCAUAUAUUUGGCUGGAAACGCUGCUUUUGCUGGAUUGGUUGCCAAUAGCUUUUACCGACGUGCACUCAAUGUCAGUCAAGGACGAUUUACUUCCAGUCUUCCUAUGGCUGUUCUUCCCUUUUUGACAACAGCAGCACUUUACACUGCGACCGUAACAAACCCUCUUAUGUCAGGUGAUCUGAACUGCCCAACAUGUAUCCUGAUAAGAGGGGCACUGGUGGGUGUGCUUGGUGGGGGCAUAUAUCCUAUUUUGUUAGCCUUACCUGUCAACGCUGGACUUGCAGCCAGGUAUAGCAGCGCACCAAUGCCAGAAAAAGGAAAUACUUUACGUUUCUGGGUGAAUCUGAGCAAACCCAUUGUACGCAAAAUGUACGCUGUUCUACUCCUGCAGGCUUUAUUUGGAACCUACUUGAGCUCAAAGCACUACGAGAUCUACCUGAAAAUGCUAAAAAUACCAGAUUCUGACAGUGAAGAGCUUCAUGAUUGACUGUUAGCAUUGGUACUGAAAAUUCAUUAUUUACUCACACUCAUGUCAUUCCAAAAUUGUACGAGUUUCUCUUCUGUGGAACUCAAGGAUAUUUAAAAAAAAAUGUUGGUAACCAAACAUUGGCCCUAUUGACUUCCACUGAAGACACAGAAACCAAGACAUUUCUCACCGUGUUCCACAGAAAUCAGUAAUUUUUGAAUGACAAGGGUGAUUAAAUGGAAAAAAAUAUUUUGUGGUCAACAUCCCUUUAAACAUUGUAAAUAUUUUGUUCAAAUUAAACAUCGUAAUUCAAAGCCUUAUGUCUGUUUUUCAGAUGUGUUUAUUUCAAUUGCUCUGAUAAUUCAUCAACAAUAAAACUUGGCAUAUGUGCACUCUGUUGUAAUUGUCAGAAAGUUGCUCAGAAUAAAGACUCAUUUUUAAAUAUAGGUGAAAUUUAAAGCAGUUUUCUAUAAAAUUGUACCACAAAUGUUAAGUAUCACAAUUGCUGUAAAUUCCCUACAUACUAUGUUAUUCUACCAUUAAAGGCAUGAAGAGGUUUCCCCUUAAAUAAUCAAGUAGGACUAUAAAGUGGAUAAAAAGUGGUGUUAAAACUGUCAGUUUACAACUUACCCAAAAAUAGAGAAUUUGAUAACCAGGUUUUGUUAGCAACUGAAAAUAAUGCAUUUAGCAAAAAGUUGGUAACACUUUACAAUAAGGUGCUAUUUAUUAACAACAAGUUGCUAUUUAUUAACAAUAAGUUAAUGCAUUAGCUAAAAUGAACUAAUGAUAUACACUACUACAGCAUUUAUUAAUGUUAUUUAAUGUUAAUUUCAGCAUUUACUUAUACAUUAUUAAAAUCGUUGUCACUGUUAACACAAGUUAUUGCACCAUGAACUAACAUGAAUAACUGUAUGGACGUGAACUAACUGAAAAACUAAAUUGCUAUUUUUUUUAUUAUGUUAGCUAAUGUUAACUAAUAACACCUUACUGUAAAGUGUGAUAGCAAAACGCUUUAACAUUUUUAAAACUUACAAUAUUGCCUCACAAAGACCUCCGAAUGUGCACUCGUUUCCAAUCCCCAACAAUCAACCAAACAGUUCUGAAAUGCUAAAGCGUCAAUAACAUUAUGGUGAUUUAAAACGCACGAUUUGUCUUUAGUAUUUUUAAUUAUUCUGAAAGAACACUCUUUGAAGAUUAUGGGAAAAUGUUUGUAUUAAUAUUAGAACUUUCAUGACAUAAAAAUCUACUUGAUGGCAAUGAAGUCAAUUUUUUGUUACUAUUUUUCUGCAUGUUUUGAUGAUUACACUGAAGCAAUCUUAUAAUUGGUCUUAAUUCCUUCAACACUGUUCAUAAAGUAGAAAUUAAAAAUAAAUUAUCUGGCCGUUAUUUAAGCUAUGUCUAGACAACUGCAAGUAAUCAUCAUAUCCAACAAAAUGCUGUAACAAUCAUCUAACCAGUAACUGCAUUGAUGGUCUUAGGACUGAUUUUUUUAUGAAGACACCAGAAACACCAAAGUUAGACAUUUCAGAACUACUUGGGUGAUCCGCAACAUAAGAGAGCAGCAGCUUCUAUGAUUAUCCAUGACCAACAAUGGUCUUCAUCAAACAGAACUGAAUUUAACGAAAUAAAAU